AUGACAAGUUGAUCUCACAUCAAUCAAAAUUUGCUGCAAGUUGUCAAUCUAAUAGUUCUUCGUUUUUAUUCAAUGACCCAAUCUUUAUUUAAUUGAACUUGAACUAAUCUAUGAAAAUGCACUCUGUAUAAUCGGCUCAGCCCGCUGAGGCAAGAAAACAUACAAGAAAGUGGGGCUAAGAAUAUAUUGUCCCAUUCCAGCUGAAUAUAAUGUAUCAUGGUGUACAGCUAUGUCCGUAUCAAUGGCUACAGGUUUGAAAGAUAUAGCAGGCAUUCCAUGGAAUCUUAAUCCAUUUUAGGAGGCCAAUUCAGCAAAGGGAUGGCCCAAUCUAGAAUUCCUAGUGGCCUGCUUUGAUCAUAAGGACAACCUGACGACAAAUGGAAGAACCUGUUGCACCUGCAAGGAAACUGGGCAUAGCCCACAUUGGAAGCAGUCGCGGGACGCAAGAAGCGCGUUUCAGGGAGGCCGGCCUGGUCGGCAUGAGGGGCUAGUCUUCCUUGUCUUUUCUUCGAUUUGCAUAAACUGUCAAAGGAUUCAAUUCGCCGCUAAAGUUCGAUUUUGUUAAAUUACCUUUUUAACAUCUUCAGCCGAAAUGUUGUUAAUGCCCUUUUCGUGAUAGUUCUAAAAUUUCCAGCAAGACGAGGGAGGACUGGUCGGUCAUUUUAGAUGAGCCGUCCCAUAGCCUUCGCGCCAGCACAAAAAUUGGGUAUUUCAGUUAGCAUCGUCUCCCUUCCGGCCUAUAUUUCAUCUUCAGUCCCUCAAAAACCCUACACCGAAAACCUGUCUCAGAACCUUUUACUUGACAGUUGACACCAACCGCUUCCAUUAGCCAGUAGCAACACUGCUCCGCCAUGACCACCGCGGCCACUGCCACUACAUCAUCCGGAAUCCUCCAUCACACCACCGCCUUCACCUCCGAAAUCCUUUCACAAUCGGAGCUCCGCCACCACAUUCUCUCGACCCUUCGCCGAAAACUUUUGCCCUCUGAUCAACUCACACUCAAACCCUUAAACCUCGCAGCUGAAACUCUAGAAAACGCCAUUUCCGCCUCUAAUGCCUCCAUCCAAUCCUCCUCUCUCCGCCUUGCUCAAAAGCUCCUCCUUUCCUAUCCUAGAACCCCUUUCUCCUCUUUCCUUCUAUCCCUCAUUUACUCUCUCUCCAACCAACCCAUCAAAUCCUCCCUCAGCCUCCUACAAGUUUUUUAUCUUGACCCUUCAUUGGCUCGAUCAGAAAUAGCACCUACUCUUUUCGAGGACCUCUUUCUCGUUCAUUUUCUGCCUGUUCUUCAACGGUUCAAUGAACAAAGGUCAACCAUUUUAUCGUCUUUAUCACAAAAUGUGAAUCAUGAUGCUGAUGAUUAUUCCAUAUGUGAUGUAUCCGUGGUCGUUCCAUGCUCGAAACUGUUAUCGAAAAUGAGUGGUGAUCAAGCGUUAGAGCUAAAGGAAUUGGAAAGAAAUUAUGAAGAGGUUCUUGAUGAAAAUUGCAGGGUUCUUGUUAAGUAUUUCCAAGAGGUUUUAGAAAAUAGUGAUGAUGGAAACAGAUUGAUUAGUCCACCGGCAUUGGUUUUGAAACAAACAGAGAAAGAUGAAGAACUAGACUACGACCAGGAAGAUAAGAACAUCAAAACCAAGGAACUUGGACUGAAAAACGGACGGUAUAAUCCGAUAUGGGCUGAAGGAGAAAGGUCAGGUGAAUUUUAUAGCAGCAGCAGCAGCAAAUCCAAAUCUCCAUUUUUCCCUCAGAGAGUCUCUCUAAAGAUCCUCAAAAAACAAAAUUCCAGGACAUUGACAACAUCGUCCAAUUUGAAUUCUGAUUCUGAACUGGAGUCUAUAUCCGAGGACAAUUCAGCCAACUCCUGUUCCUCGGAACCUGAAGCCGAGAUGGAGGAAAACAACAGAGAAAUUGCAUUGUUGGAAACUGGAAAGAGCCUAACACAAAAACAAAAGCAGCCUGUUUUUGCUGAUUCCCGUCGCUCCCCGGAUUAUCUAAUGGCAGAUAAUGGUAACCCCCCUGGUAGUGGGAAACAUACACCUCCUAAGGAUUUUGUAUGCCCCAUCACAACCCAUAUAUUUGAUGAUCCAGUCACCCUUGAGACAGGUCAGACAUAUGAGCGCAGAGCAAUCCAGGAAUGGCUGGAUCGAGGAAACUCAACAUGUCCAAUUACCCGCCAGAAUCUACAUAGCACGCAGCUGCCGAAAACAAAUUAUGUCCUCAAGAGGCUCAUAGGAAGCUGGCAAGAAAAGAAUCCAGGUCCAGUCCCACAUCAGUCCGAGAACCAUCAAGAUGUAGAAUCUAAGCCAAUGGUCAAGUCCAUAGUUCCUGCAACUUCCCCUAAUAGCGUCAUAAGCCAAGCCACCAUGGAUAGAACUAUUAAUGAGUUACGCCAAGCGAUUACCAAUCUUUGUAUGUCUGAAAUUCUGAAGGAGUCUGAAAGGGCUGUCCUCCAAAUAGAGAGGUUCUGGCAAGACAUGAAUAUAGAGUCAGAUAUUCUAACUAUGCUCUCAAAACCUCCAGUAAUCAAUGGGUUUGUGGAGAUCCUUUUCAAUUCUGUCGACCUCCAAGUGUUGAAAGCCACUUUUUUUCUCCUGUGUGAACUGGGGUCAAGAGAUGAAGCUGUGAUCCAUACACUUACCCGAGUUGACUCUGAUGUAGAACGUAUUGUGGCUUUAUUUAAGGAAGGGUUGGAGGAGGCGGUUGUGCUGAUAUAUCUGUUACAACCUCCAACGACUGGCCUAGUAGCGAUGGAUGUGGUGGAGUCCCUCCUAGCAAUUAUAAAGAAGAGAGAUGAUGAUAUGCUUAAAAUAUGUGUGAAGCCAAAAACAGCUUCUGUUCUCUUAUUGCGACAAAUUCUUCAGAGCAAUGAAGAGAAUGUUGCAUCGUCAAUUAUCAGUAUAAUUGUUUCUUCAAAAGUGAUUGAAAGUAUUGUUGGCAGCUUGGAAGCUGAAUGGGCAGUUGAGAGGAUUGCUGCAGUUGGUAUCCUACGAAGAUGCAUACAGGAAGAUGGUAAAUGCAGAAACAUCAUAGCUGAUAAGGCUCAGUUGGCUCCAGUUUUAGAAACCUUCAUGGCCACAAGCGGUGAAGAACGAUUUGAGAUAGUUUACUUUUUUUAUGAGUUAGUCAAAUUACACAGGAGGACAUUCAACGAGCAAGUUCUCAACAUCAUCAGGGAUGAAGGCGCUUUUAGUACAAUGCACAGUCUCCUUGUUUAUUUACAGACAGCGCUCCAAGACCAAUGUCCUAUUGUGGCGGGUCUCCUACUCCAACUUGAUCUUCUGGUUGAGCCAAGAAAGAUGAGUAUAUACCGUGAAGAGGCAAUUGAUACUCUCAUUUCAUGCCUCAGAAAUUCAGAAUUCCCUGCUGCUCAAAUUGCAGCUGCGGAGACAAUUGUAUCACUGCAGGGGAGAUUCACUGGCUCUGGGAAGCCCCUUACACGGCCUUUUCUUCUAAAACGUGCCGGACUUGAGAAAAAUUACAGAAAUCUCAUGCGGAUGGAGCAGUUACACAACAAUCCUGGAAAAUUUGAAGAUAUAUCUCAAGAAGAGAAGGCAGCUGAUGCUUGGGAAAGAAAAAUGGCAUUUGUUUUAGCAAGUCAUGAAUUUGGUCUGCUCUUUGAAGCUUUAUCAGAAGGCCUGAAGAGCAGAUCUGCAGAGCUAUGUUCAGCGUGCUUUGUGGCAGCAACAUGGCUUGUACACAUGCUCAGUGUUAUUCCAGACACGGGAAUAAGAGGAGCAGCUCGAGUCUGCCUACUCAAGCACUUUAUAUCGAUAUUCAAGACUGCGAAGGACAUUGAAGACAGAACCCUUUCCUUGUUGGCUCUCAAAAGCUUCAUUCAUGACCCUGAAGGACUGCAUGAUCUGACUUCCUAUAUGAAGGACAUUUUGAAAGGUCUAAGAGAGCUUAGGAAAUCCUCCCCCUUGGCAUUUGAAAUUAUCAAAGUUCUCUCUGAAGGACAAGAGUCCAGUGCAGACAUGUGGAAUCAUAAAGAACUAGUUCAAGUAGACUCCAGUGAGAAUGGAGAAGUAUUGUCAAUGGUUAGUUUCAAAGACAAGAUCUUUUCAGGCCAUUCAGAUGGAACUAUCAAGGUCUGGACUGGUAGAGGCAGCAUUCUUCAUCUUAUCCAAGAAAUUCGAGAACAUUCCAAGCCUGUUACAAGCUUGUAUAUUCUACAAUCUGGGGAAAGAUUAUAUAGUGGUUCACUUGAUAAAACUGCUAGGGUCUGGUCCAUUGGUGAUGAACUGAUACAUUGUGUACAAGUACAUGAUAUGAAGGAUCAGGUUCAUAACUUAGUUGUUGCCAACAGCAUUUCCUGCUUCAUUCCACAAGGAGCUGGUGUCAAGGUUCAUGCAUGGAAUGGACAAUCAAAACUAUUGAAUCAAAACAAAUACAUAAAGUGCUUGGCUCUUGUACAUGGAAGAUUGUAUUGUGGAUGCCAUGAUAACAGUAUCCAGGAACUUGAUUUGGCAUCAGGAACGCUCAGUACCAUUCAAAGUGGUUCGAGAAAAUUACUAGGCAAAGCACAUCCUGUCCAUGCCCUCCAAGUUCACAAUGGACUGAUAUAUUCAGCCAGCCCUCCCUUAGAUGGAGUGGCUGUGAAGAUUUGGAGCGCUACAAAUUAUAGCGUGGUAGGAUCACUGCCAACUACUUCAGAAGUGAGGUCCAUGGCAUUAAGCUCAGAGCUGAUAUACUUGGGAUGCAGAGGAGGAAUUGUGGAAGUUUGGGAUCAGAAAAAACAUACCAGAAUUGAAAUACUGCAAACUGGAACUAAUAGUAAAGUUCUAUGCAUGACUCUUGAUGCUAAUGAAGAAGUUUUAGUCAUCGGAACCUCUGAUGGCAGAAUUCAGGCAUGGGGAUUGAGUUAGAAAAGCAGGAAAGGAGAAAGGAAGCUGUAAAUUAUGGAGAGAGCACAUUGAUUUGAUGAUAUAACAAUUCGGAAGGCAGAAUAAUUCCACUGAAAAUUCUUUCGCAGCCUACAAAUGGACUUGAUUGCUAAUUUAAGAUAUGUUUUGCACCAUUCAAAUAACCAUUUUGGGUACAUGGAAAAAUGUAGAAAAAGAAGAAAACAAAAACACAGAGUCCUCAUUUUCAGACCCUACUCUUGAAAAUUGUAUAUAAGAUGAAACAAAAUUGUUUAUUGUAAUGCUAUGAGUUUAACCA